AUGCAAUCGUACCGGCUCAUGCUGGAGCACCACCACGAGGAGGCCAUGAAAGGUUACGAUGCUAAGACGCUGCUGCACGGCUCGGCACUGCACGACAGAGGCUACGGCGACGGUUACACCAAGAGUGACGGCUACUCCAAGAAUGACGGCUACUCCAAGAGUGACGCUACCGGCUACGGAGGAAAGACGGGCGUCGUGAGGACCGGCAGUGGCGCUACGGACGCGACGGCCAACGCCUACAAGACGACCACCGAAAAAUGCAUCCUUCUCAACUCGGACCCAAAGGAAAAGUCUAAAAAGGGCGGAGGUCCAGAGACCUCGUUGGCAGCGGCUGCCGCUGCCGCCGCAGCGCAGGACGCCAGCGGGAUUCGUCGCUACCGGACGGCCUUCACGCGCGAGCAGCUGGCGCGGCUCGAGAGGGAGUUCUCCCGAGAGAACUACGUGUCCAGACCCAGAAGGUGUGAGCUGGCCGCCACGCUCAACCUUCCCGAGAGCACCAUCAAGGUGUGGUUCCAGAACAGGCGCAUGAAGGACAAACGGCAACGUAUGUCCCUAGCCUGGCCGUACGCCGACCCGCAGUUCGCCGCGUACAUGCUGAACGCCGCGGCAGCGGUCGCGGCCUCGGGCUCCGCGGGGUACCCGUACGCGCUGCCCUUCCCGUACUACACGGCAGCUGCAGCAGCGCUGUCUCCGCUCAGUCGCUACCACGUGUACAGCACCGGCGCCAGUCCCGUCAGGCCCCCGUCCCCGGGAGGGCUUCAGCUGGCGCCCGGUACAUUUCCCCGGGGGCCCACUGACCCGGCUACAGCGGCGUCGCCCACUACGACGACUCCGUACUCGUGCCCCUGCCCCCCCUGCCUACCGUACACCCCGGGCACGACGCUGCCUCCCACGGGGCAGCCAUCGCACCAGCAACACGCGACGUCGACGACGCCGACGACCGCGGUGUCCAACCGGUCACCGCCGUCUUCCCGGAUCAUCGCGGCUCCCGAACCCAUCACCCUGAAUGCGCACACCACGACAGAGCCUUCAGCGAAAGCGCCUAGCUUUUUUAGACCAUUCAAGACUGACUCCGAGAAGGCCUGACUCGUCGCGUCUGUGACCGUAAAUGUGCUUACUACAGUGACGGCAGGGACCGUAUCCAGGACUUUAUUUGUAUGUUAUGCCAUGUAUGUCAUGAAUAUUUGUAUGUCAGCGCGUGUGUCUGUGUAAGUACGUGUACAAAAUAUGGUCAGUCGUUGAACAGGUAAUACCGCCGGAGCCGGCGUUUCGAGAAGUGGACUUGCCUUCGUCAAGGCCGCAACUGCCUUCCUUAGCAGCGUGUCUUGUACGCUUCGCUGGAGGAGAAGAGAAGCCGCCGUAGCUCAGUGGUAGAGCAUCGGACGCGUUAUUCGAAGGUCGCAGGUUCGGUCCCUGCCGGCGGCAAGUUAUCUUUUCGUCCACUUUACUUUCUUCACAUUUAUAUACUAACUACUACAAAUACCAUCCCCUAUACUUUCCUUGGCAUUAUUGUCUGUUAGUUCUCAUCAAUAUUGUGCCUAACAAAGAAAUUCAUUCUCCUUCUUUGGUGCACAGAGUGAGGUUACACGCAAAAGAUGUUUU